AUGGCAUCGAGACCUGGGCGAUCUCGACAUGAUUCAACAGAUGGUGACAGUGACGCCCCUGAAGAAGUUUUACCACCGUUUUUCAGCACCACUUUUUCCACGCACCGCGUAUCGCCUCUGUACGUAGGGCGACAACAACUCGAUACUUCACGUCUGGAUCAGCUAGCUCAUCGCCUUCGCGACACUCUGGUAGGAGAUGUUGUGCGAGGCAUUCAAAUUGGCUUAGAGUCGACAGAUACGCCAGCUGGACAAGUUGGAACAUUGAGAUCAGUCAAGAUUCGCUGGUUUCACGCUCAGAGGCUGCUGGAUCGUGAUCUCUACUUUACAGAACAAGAUGGAGGAGCUGGGCUGACAGAUGCUGUCAUGCGACAAUGGAACCGACUACCGGAGACACACAAAAGAGGUCUUUGGAUUGAAAUACGACACGAAAAUGCGGCCUAUGUCGCCCUUCUACUACCGGGACAUCCAGGAUCCGUCCGAGACAGGAGAUCAGGAACCAACGGCUGGGCAAUGCAAUCUGAUGGGAAAUCACUGGAAACCAGAAUUGACCAAGACCAAUUCGUUCACUUGCCAUUGCUGCUGUUAAGAAUGCCACAGGCUCUCAAAGUUGUGAUUGGCGAUUGGAUCUCAACAACAUUUGACUGCCGAGUGAGCAAAUUGAACUUGGGCACACGGACACUAGUGUCAGUUUGGGAAGAUUGGAUUAAGACUGCAGGCUUGCCGGGAAAGGGUCCUGACUUCUCCGUGUCGUUGGCAUUCAACGCACCGAUAGCCAAGAAAGAGCGGUCUGGCGCACAAGAAUCAGAAGAAGAAAGUGACCACGAUGGUAUGUCCACGGAUCCAGGGCUUCGCGGCAUGGACAUUACCAUCGCGCCGCAGGAUCUUCGGCGGUUCUUUCGCCGCGGUGAGCAAUCGGACGAAUUGUAUAGAAGCAACAGCUCGGGCCCUUGGGAGAACGAUAUGCGGGAACGUCGCAGGCUUGCCGGGGGAAACGCAGACGAUGGUUGGGGGUGGCGGACAAGCCAGGAACCAGAUGAUCACCCAUUCACCGAGGCGCUCGCUCGUUACCUUGACCACCACCUUGCACUCAACAUGUUUCACCCCAGCGUACGAGUUGUGCAAAUAUCCUGCGGUGGUUUCAUGCUUGCACAAUCCCGUCUAAAGAUUGUCAAGGUCGGUUCUGUGUCUGACGAACUUGCUCGAGCAGCAUGGGUCUUUGUGACACGGCUGGGAGAGAGGCUUCGUGGAGAACAUCUGGUUGAUCUCGGGUUAUGA